GCCCAAGAGAGACACAUGGAUGCCUUUGAGGGAAUUCAUACCGUCCACAUUUCUUCAUCUACACCGUCUUCAGUGUCAUCAAACCCAGGAUAUGAAAUUCUCAAGUCAGGAAGAUCUGGAAUAGCAGUCUACUCUUCUCCAGUCUUUUUUGGAACACCUGAAGUGCCUGCAGUCAGACACAAGUCCAGCAGGGUUAAUGAGGAGGAGCGCUGUGUUGUUGGACAGUUGGUAGAUCUGGAUCCAGAGCCAGAACCCAGAGUGGAGGGAGAAGGCCAUGCCAGGCCCACCCCAGGCAGAUCGCAUGGCGAGCUCUCUCGGCUCCGCAGCUCCUCACUGGAGAUCAGAGAAAAAGAAAUAAGAGAAAAAGGGUCAGAGAUCCUCAGGGAACAGCUGGAUGCUGCAAAGAGGGAACUGAAACUAAAAGACAAGGAGUGUGAGCGUCUUUCACAAGUCAGAAAUCAGCUGGAGCAAGAGCUGGAGGAGCUGACUGCCAGUCUGUUUGAGGAAGCUCAUAAGAUGGUGCGUGAAGCAAAUGUGAAACAAACAGCAGCAGAGAAACAACUGAAGGAAGCUCAAGGGAAGAUUGAUGUUUUACAAGCAGAGGUGACAGCACUCAAGACUCUGGUGUUGACAUCUACACCUUCUUCACCAAACCGCCAGCUACAUCCUCAGCUGCAGUCUUCAGGUACCAGGGGAGCACACAAACAUAUUGGAGGACACAUCCGCAACAAGAGUGCCAGCGGAGCCUUUCCAACCUCAACGGGAAAACCAGAACAUUCCCCUGUUUCCAUUCAGCCUUUGGCUAAAGAGGACCGAGAGCCUUCUGUUCCUGCUCUCCUUUCUCUGAUUUUCUGCCUUCUACCUGGCCAGUCUGUCAGUGUAAAAUAUAGCCCUCAUUUGAAGGAGCAAGGGGAGGGCCUGAGCACUGACAGCUCACAGAUGGACUCGAUUCUGUUUGCAGAGUUUUUGAUGUGGAGGGAACAUCCAAGUCUGGACCGAUGCUCUGCCUUCUUAGGCCGCAUUUACAGAGAAGACAUCGGACCCUGCAUGUCAUUCACAAGAUCAGAGCUGUCCCAGCUGGUGCAGAGUGCAGUGGAAAACAACUCACUGACUAUUGAGCCUGUAGCCAUGUCAGCGUUACCGAUGGUUAAAGCCUCUGCUGUAGAAUGUGGAGGCCCUAAUGGCUUUAGAGCUGCAGUAGAGACAAAAUGUGCACUGAGUGGUCUGUCGCGGCUCUGCAGACAUCGCAUUAAACUGGGUGACAAGGGGAACUACUAUUACAUCUCUCCCUCAUGCAGAGCACGGAUAACAGCUGUAUGCAAUUUUUUUACUUAUAUUCGGUACAUCCAGCAGGGCCUUGUAAGACAUGAUGCUGAGCAGAUGUUUUGGGAGGUGAUGCGUCUUCGCAGGGAGAUGACUGUGGCCAAGUUAGGUUUCUACCUCACUGACCAGGGCUAGUGGACCUGACACUCCACUGAGGCAACUAACAGGACAGCAUGAACUCUCCGAUUACCCUCACAACACUGGGGUGAUUUUGGUAGCACACAGGUCUUAGAUCAGUUUUAGUAGUAGAGCUCAGCCAACAAGGGAAGCAGAAAAUUGUUAAUGGGCCACUUUUUGGAAAUUCAAUCAGACAAAAUCAAACCAGCAUUGCAGGAAAGACAUGAAAAUAUUUAUAUAAAAAAAUGUUAUAUUUCCACUAAAAUCAAAUACAUUUUUCAUGUUAUAACACGUCCCAGGAAACUGACUACUGUCCUCCAGUAUCUGUCAUCAUUAGUGUAGAAAAUGUUUGUUUUUAAUCCUGUGAACUAAAUCUCUCCAAUGGAGAGCACAAAAUCUCUCAUGUUAACACAAUAGAUUACAUGUGUCAUGUUUCAGGUAUUAGUGUGUUACACUACUAUUAAAACAAAAUACAACACAGUUUAAACAAUAUAGGGAGUUUAGUUGGUCUCUUACCUCAAGUGUUACAACUAUGCAAUGUAGUUUUGUUUCCAUGAAGCAAUGACUGGAGUUGUUUUCUUUGUUUUUACACAAAUACAGUGCUCAGUGGCGUCUCCUUGCUCCAUUCACUUAUCAGCUUCAACAUCAUAGUCAAGACUUUGUCACAGCAUGGCCUUAAUGUUAAUACAUUCUUGCACAUCCUGGCUCUGCCUCAUCAUAAAUGAAUUAUCUACAGCUUCUUGGAAUAAAUAGCUUCUUGUUAGGUCUGUUCUUAAUAAUCAGAUGUAUUAUUAUUUAAUCAUUUUACCUUCACAAUAAAAAUAGAGAGAGCUUUAUAAUGUAGAAAAAGAAUAAACAAGCUUUAUUACAAAUUAUUGGAAUGUUUUAAUGUAGUUCUGCACAUCUGAAAGAACAGUUCAGUGAAAGCCAUAAAUAACAUAAUAAAACACAGCCAUAUUACAGAAUGAACAUAUACCUCUGUUAUUAUCAAUGGACUUCUUUUUUUUCUUAUACAGAAAAGUAUGCCAUGGAAAAAAGUAAGAAUCUAAAGUUAGAAUGUGCAAUAACUGCUUUAUAGCCAUAUUAUGGGUUUGAGGUUUCCAACCUCAGUGUAAUGAAAAUUAUCUGUGUAAACACUCCAUUAAAAGCAAGGCAUUGUAGCCUGACUCUCA